CGCUCCUCCUCCGCCGCCGCCUCGUAGUGCGGUGGCGGCGGGCAGGCUCCGGCAGCGGCCCCGCAGCUCCCCGUCGAGGCCUGCGGUUGCCGGCCGGCCCCGGCGCGAUGUCGGGCGGCGCGGCGGGCAUUCCCAAGCCUCUUCCAUCUUCCGGGCCCAAAUCGCUGCGGGAGAUGCCGCAUCCCCUGGCCACCUCCAGCAGCGAGGAGAUGGGGCCGGCGCUCACCCCUAGCCCCGACCUGCUGCUGCCCCGCAGCAUCGCCGACAAGGAUCUCAGUCUACCCAAUGGCACACCUGUUGAUACUUCUAGCCCAGCCUCCUCCUCAUCUCUUCUCAACAGACUGCAGCUGGAUGAUGACUUGGAUGGGGAAACAAAAGACUUGUUUGUUACUGUUGAUGAUCCCAAAAAACACGUAUGCACGAUGGAGACUUACAUCACGUAUAGAGUUACAACAAAGACCACCCGAGCUGAGUUUGAUUUGCCCGAGUAUUCUGUUCGCCGGCGGUACCAAGACUUUGAUUGGUUGAGAAUCAAGCUGGAAGAGUCUCAGCCAACGCAUCUAAUUCCCCCACUUCCUGAGAAAUUUGUGGUGAAGAGUGUUGUUGAUCGCUUUUCUGAAGACUUUGUGGAGACCAGGAGGAAAGCAUUAGACAAAUUCUUGAAGAGAAUAACGGAUCAUCCAGUGCUUUCUUUUAACGAGCAUUUCAAUGUAUUUCUCACAGCCAAGGAUCUUAAUGCAUACAAAAAGCAAGGGAUGGUGUUGCUGUCAAAGAUGGGGGAGUCAGUCAAGUAUGUCACAGGAGGUUACAAAUUAAGAAGUCGUCCCCUGGAGUUUGCAGCCAUUGGAGAGUAUCUAGACACAUUCUCUCUAAAACUUGGUACCAUUGACAGAAUAGCACAACGGAUUAUCAAGGAACAGCUGGAAUACUUGGUGGAAUUACGAGAAUAUGGACCUAUUUAUUCGACCUGGGGCGGGCUGGAGGUUGAGCUAUCAGAGCCACUGGAAGGCGUGUCUGCAUGCAUUGGGAACUGCUGCACAGCUCUUGAAGAACUCGGUGAAGAUAUGACAGAUGACUUCCUGCCAGUGCUUAGGGAAUAUAUACUGUACUCAGAGUCAAUGAAGAAUGUGUUGAAGAAGAGAGACCAAGUUCAAGCAGAGUAUGAAGCAAAACUGGAAGCAGUAGCCUUGAAAAAAGAAGACCGUCCAAAGGUACCCACAGAGGUUGAGAAAUGUCAAGACCGAGUAGAAUGUUUUAAUGCUGAUCUGAAAGCAGAUAUGGAGAGAUGGCAGAACAGCAAGCGACAAGACUUUAGGCAGCUACUCAUGGGAAUGGCAGAUAAAAACAUCCAGUACUACGAGAAGUGCCUUACAGCAUGGGAGUCAAUUAUACCACUAUUGCAAGACAAGCCAGAGACCAAAUAAGAAGAACCUUCAUGGACAGUCUAGCACUUCUGUGCUCAGUACCACUAGACAUACUGGAACUCUAUGAAGGUCUCUUUUUUUUUUUUGUCAACUGAGAUGCCAGCUGUGUUCAGGCUGGAACAGACCCUCUGAAAACUAUUUGAAUUUUUUCCUCAUUUUCUGUUUAAACUGGGGUAUGUUUCAUCUUUUUGAGUUAUCUUGAAUGGUUCCUUCUCUAUCCAAUGGAGUGACAUGGGGCUUAUAGUGAAAGUGCAUGGGGAUCUUGAUAAAACUUACCUCUUUAGCCUGGAAGGAACUGAUGAGUAGAACACUAAAAAGAUGAAAACAAAACUCUACUGCAAGGUGCCAAAACGACAUCUUUAUUACUAUUCUGUUUGCUAAAAAUAUAAUUAUUUCUUAACCAACCCUUUUUUUUAAUGGAGAGGGGAAGACUGGAAGUGAAUAUCUUCUGUUUUGCUACCACCUGUAUGCUCCCACUGGCUAAAAUGCCUUCUGGAGAGUUUCCUGUGUAGGAGUUGGGCUGGUCCUAGGCAGAGCAUACUGACACUACCUACAUAUAGCCUGUGAUACGAGCAUGAACUGUGUUUUUUGUGAGUGUAGCAUGCUGUUGAUUCAUACUAAAUAUCUUUGUUUACCUUGGUGAUUAUGAAGUAAUGUCAGUUGGCUGAAGUGUACUUGUGGCUGAGUUGGGGAUCAAAAUCAUCCUGGGUGUCCACGGGGAAUGGUGGAGGCAAGUGUGAGUUUUUGGUGUAUUUUUUCUAAAGCUCGCUCUGAAAUGUGCAUGGUAGAACUCUUGAUCUGUGCUUUGUUUUUUUUUUUCCUGAUCUAGAGCCUCUUCAGUAAUCAUCACUUAAGGUGCCUGCUGUGGUAAAGGUAGAACACACUCCCUAUUUUUGUUAGUUUUGCAGUUGCAACUUAAAAGCCAAGAAGUGUCAAAUGCUUGCCCACACCAAGCAUCACUGUGUAUGUGAAACUUGCCUUAAACAAGUCAGUGAGGCAUAAUAGGUACGGUGUCCAUGCCUAUCUCUGCUGAACCUCAUGGCAAGCAUUUUAAGACCUCUUCUGGUACAGAUCUAUUUUCUAGUAGUUUGUUUUGGCCUUUAGCAGUGUAGCUGCUUCUUCAAGUCCCUACUCUUUUCUCCUGCAGUCCACCCUCAAGAAAAUGCCUGCUUGGUGUUGGUAGCCUUAGUACAAGGAAUGCUGCCACGAUGGGUCUCAGAGUCUUGGUUUAACAGCAUGCAGAUAAACCCUCUUUAUCCAUUCAAAAUAUGGGGUCUUGGGGUUAAUAUCAGCGAAAUACUGGAAUUUGGGAAAAAAAAAAGCAUUGAGUGCUUACUGCUAAGCUUGAGUGAUUACUUGGUCUCUGGCAACAUUCGUGUGAAGAAUCUGAAGGGUACUGGGGUUUGUACAACUUGUGUUCUCCUGUCAGGUACCAAUCUGAUCUGAACUUCAUAAACACCAAAUAUUAUCCAACCCUCACCCCUGCAGUGGCUAUAGUAGCUCUAUAGCAACUGUCAAGAUGAGUUAUCAUUGCAGUGUGGUAGCUGUCAAGCUAAUGAGAUUAUACUCUCCAGAUGCAACAGUCAAGUUUUUAAGACAUUUUAAGUCGUUUAAAAGAGGUUUUCCUCUUUUGAGUCAACUUCCAUUGAUAGUUUUGUGGUACUAAACAAGCUGCUUUCUGGUUUAAGCUCACAGUUUUAUCAACAUACACUUUGGUGGUGUGACAUCUUGAGGUUGUUGUUGGGUUUGGAAUAACUAACAAUGCCUAGUGUGCAAAGGGAGUACUUGAAGAGACAGUCUUGAAGCAGUAACCUAGUGUCUUCCUUAGUCUUUUCCUUCUAAAAUAAGCACCUCUAAAUGCAUAAUACUUCGUACGGUUUGACCUUCAGGGUUACAGUCAAUUCCUGUCUUCUCUGUUUCCCACAAACAGAUUAUCAUGCUUUUUUGAGCUGGUGCCUGCGUGGUAAAUGAAGAUUGUCACUUGACUCUGAAACAUCACUGGGAGUCAAGCAAAGCAAAAUUGGAAAUAUUUAGACAUUGUUUCUUCCACCUCAUCAAAAACUGUGCGGGAUGAGUGGAAAGGAUGUUGUUUUGCUGUGUAAGUUCUGUCUGAUACCUUGUAACGCUGGCAUUCUGUUCCCAUUCAGAAUUACGCCAAACUGAGGUGGGGUUUAGCAGAGAACAUCGCGGCCAUUCAUAAGAAGUGCAAGAGGCAAUGGGAGUUCCAAGUGAAGUUUGAGUAACUUACUGCUGGAGUAGUUCAAGAUCAGCUUAAACUUUCAUUAACCUGAUGCAACUGUUUGUGCAUCCUGGUUUCUAAACAGCUAUGUAGUCAAAGCAUAUUUUGAUUUCAGAUAAAUCCCAUUCAGAUUGAGCUGUUGAAAGGCGGGUCUGCAUUUCCUGUAUGGAGUAUGUGGCUCUGUAGCACCUACAAGCUAAUUUGGAGGAAAGGUGGUAACUUCAGGCUGUGGUCCUGGAUUUCUGUGGUACCAGGAUUUUGUAUGAUCUGGAAAAUGAAAAGCUCUGACCCUGCAGGGGAAGUGAAACUUAACAUUCAGAAGAAAACUUCCUCUGUAAGAGUUGCUGCAGCAUAAGAAGGGUGUGUAGUAGUGGACGUCUUAGCUCCUGUUGACUACUACGGAGGCUCUGUGAAAUAAAGAGCUGUUAUUGUAAACCACUGGGUAGCUGUAGGAGAGGCUGUGAGGUUUGGGGAAGCAGUGCAACCCGGGAGAACUCCAAAAUAGUGGGAAACUCCUUAAAGAUGUAGUUACUUCAUUAACUGCUAUUAGUGAGAGGUUGAGAUGUGAACUGUUAGUAAAACUGGCAUGGGCUGUAAUCCUCAUCAUGGAUAUCUCUCUUAGAAGGACCCAAACCCAAAUAGUGGGAAAAGUGAGAUGCUGGGGAAGGGAAGCUGGAGUAGGGCAGGAGCUUUGUCUUUGAGUAACUUCUUGAGUGUUCAGUCACUUAUGGUCACCUUCUGUGCUUGCACUGAAAUGGUGUCAACAGUGGCUGCACCCUUCCAGUGAACCCACGUAAGAUGUGAAUCCUUCUCAACAGCCCUUAGAUUGGCCUAGCUUCCUUCGUAAUCUGCAGCCAGAUCAAGAGCUGUCUAAGAGGAUGUAAAAUUCACUGCUGUCCUGAUUACUUCUGCAUAACCUCUAGAAUGUUUGUUUCUUCUCACAACUGGCACCAGCACAAUGAAGCAAGCACUGAGAUAUCGUUUUUUGUACUCAGUAAGGAGCCAUGCAUUGUUCAUACAUGUUUUUAUCAGGUACUGACUCCUGCAAUAAACAAUUGUUGAAACAUCUCAUGGCUUUUUCAAGUAUCCAUUGAAAAACAAAAUGUUAAUAAGUGUUAGCUGUCCAGUCAUAAAUGUUAUUGAAGAAUAAACUGUGGAUUCUUCA